GACACGUUGUAAAAUUGUAUUAUUAUUGACAGUUCUAAAUAAAUAGAACAAAUUGACACUUCGAUUAUUCCGGUCAUUCCCCAUUCCCGAGAGAUUUCCCACUAAAAACAAAGAGACGUACUUACCAGUGAAUUAAAACUGUCACAAUCAACCAUUUCGAACAUUAUGGCUGCUUUGGACUCAACGAAGUUGAAAAUAGACAGCAGAACUUUAUACCGGCCACCCUUGGAGGAACUCAAAACAGUUUUCAGCGAAGCUCUUGCAACAAAUUUUGCUGAAUUCUCAGUAGAAAUCGUAGACUCACCGGACCUGAAAGAAAAACCCUUCACUCUAGCAGCUUCUGGCUUGGGUGGAAAGCCAACUAUAUUAGAAGUUGGUGGCCCUUCAUUUUUACUUCCUCUUGUGCAGAGGGAAAAAGUUUACGAUAUUAAAACUUUGGCCCCUCUCGUGGGCCAUGGAGACAAAUCAUUAGUGAUAGGAGCUGGUGGUGGCCCUUGGCCUUAUAUAAACAGCAACUGCGAGCUGAUGACGAACGUGCUUUUGGAUAAACCAGAACCUUCAGAAAGCUCCCGAAUGUCUUUUGUCGAUAAAAGCAAUAGAGCGUGUGUAUUACAAGUUUUACCUGCAAACGAAACUCGUUUCGCACUUUUAGCAAAUUUAUUUUUAAGUGAAGGCAAACCAGGAAAGGUGUUAAAAGUUUAUGCCAAAAAACGAACUGGGGAGAAUGAUUUUAUAGCUACGAUGCAAAAAGCUCUAGCAAUUCGUUACACAGAUAAACUUGUUGGUUUAGGUGGAACUUUCCUGAUAAAAGAAGGAAAAGCGAAGCAGCACGUGAUGCCAGAUUUUUCCAAGACUCCCUUAAGGACCCCAGCGGAUCUUGACGAUUGGCUCCAUUUUUACGACAUGUCCGCUCCGCUAAUUGCGGUUGGCACUUUUGUGUCUGCCGAGACUGACUUGGAUCUCAGGGUUCAGCAUUUUCAUAGCUUUUCUCAUCAUGGCGAAGGAGGCCAUUACCAUAUCGAUACAACUCCUGAUAUUGUGGAAUAUUUGGGUUAUUUCACUCCUGGUGAAAUUUUGUAUAGAGCUGAUCAACCUUUGUCUGCAACGAGUUUUGGAAAGGACUAAUCUUUUAGGUCAAUUUUUAUAA